UGUGUGUGCUCAUUUGAAAAAAAUGUGCACAAUGAAUGGUAUCCUUCCUGCAAUUAAUGCACAUUCCUCAAGACACAGGCUUAUGUAACCCCUUUGUGAAAUGCUUAUUUCUCUAGUCUUGUCAGAUGAUCGUCAGAUGGAAAGAUUUACCAAUAAAGAUUAUCUCAAAUACAUGUUACCCAAAGCUGAACAGGAGUGUCUGAACACAUGCAUGGUUGAAGAUGGACUGCAACAGCUAUAUAGUCAUUGCUUCCAGAAUGGCUCAUUAAAUACCUUUACAGUUUGCUAAGCCACUGAUUGCCAGCAUAUGGUUUUAGAAGUACACACAAGGACCUAGCAAUUAGAUAUGUGGACUUGUGCUCAGAAUCCUCUAAAUGUAAGCACUGCCAUGUGUGAUGGGGAGCAGUGUGCCCCACGACUGGUUCUUUCAAUUGUUUCGGUAGGCUAUGCAGCCAUCUGUCUUCCCUUUGGAGUUCUGUUCAAUCUACUGAUAUUGUCAGUCAACCUGCACCUCAAGUCAUCAAUGCAGAUGCCAGAUGUAUACUUUACCAAUAUGGCUAUCUCAGGCCUAACCAUUAACAUUGUGGUCAGCAUGCAGCUCCUGAGUCCCCAUCUCCUUAUCUGGCCACUAUGGACUUUGAACCAAGAGAUCUGCAUGGGAGGCUUUGUUCUAUUCAACAUAGCUGCUCUAGUAAGUACUUACUCAGUAACAUUGCUUUGCUUGGACUACUAUAUAGAAGUGACAGUCCCACACACCUACAUGUCAAGUGCCCAUAAUACAAAACACGUGUGUCAGUUUGUGUGGGGUGGAGCCUCGUUGGCAAGCUUUGCCUGCUUCCUGUUUUUAAUAUGCAACAAACUCAUAGAGAAGGUUCAAGAAUGUUCUAGGCUGCAGGCCAAGGAACUGGGAGACGGUAUAAUACUCUUUACUGGAUUUGUGGUCCCUGCAGCUGGAAUGAUUUAUGCAUUUCACCUCUUAAUGACCAUUAGGAAGGAACAACCCAUUUUUCCUCAGUCUUCAUCCAUACUGGACCCCUCCAGCAGAAGGCUUGCACUCACUGUUUUAUUGGUAGACUUUGUGCUAUGGCUCCCAUACUAUGCAACUUUGCUGGUGGAUGUUCUGCAAGCAUCAUUUGCCUUUGGAAUACAACUUCAGAAUUCAGACUUAUUUCAAUUAAUUAAGCGGCUUAGUGAGUUAACAGCAUAUGCAAGCACAUUGGUUAUACCGCUGAUUUACAGAACUCAGAGGAAGAACUUCAAUUCAAGAUUAAAACAGUUCUUUGGGGACAUGUGGAAAUCAAUAAAAUAUGGCUGCAGAACUCAGUCUGAACACCAACAGGAUGAUUUACAUACAGACUCUAUCAUUCAGACUUAAAAGACAUUGCAGUUUGUGUUUUAUGUACCAUUCACAAACUGUUUUCAGUGAAUUUUCAAAAAAUGACCUUAACCUGUUUGGACACUCAGGCCAAAUGCACAUGGGAAGACACUGAUUGUAACUGUAGAAUAGAAAAUACAAUUCCUGUCCUUUGGUUAUAAGAUAAUGAUGCCAUCUGACUGCUUUUACAGUUUAAGUGAAUGUUUUCACUGAGAGUAAUAAGCAUACCACUGAUGAUUUUAUAAGAUGCUGUAUAAAUAAAAUUUAAUAUUAGCAAAAUAUUUUUCUGGAAACCCUUAACACAGAUAUAUAUUUAUAUAUCAAACACUACAUCUGGAACUGCAAAUAUUAUUUCACUGAAAUUCUAGUACACUUGAUACAAAUUGAUGCUGUAGAAGGUUGUUAUGAUACAAUAAAACCACAAGUAAUACACUUAGUAUAUGUAACACAACUUUUUUGUAGUGCAUGGAGUGACUUAACUAUGCUCUAAAAUUGUGAAAAAGACAAACUUGAUAAGCAUUAUUCUGACAUAAGAGAAGUGUUUAACAAGCUUUUGUUAAGCGCCUGUAAGCACUGUUAAAGAAUGUGUUCAAAUGAGAAAAAUAGAAUGCCACAUCUGCAUUCUGUUUCAGCUUUAUGUGAGUAGUCACUGGUGUGCAGUGGCUGCUUGGGGUUUAUUUUAAGAUAAAACAAACAUUUUAUGUGAAAAAUAAGGCUUUAUAAAAGUUCUUCCACUCACUUCAUGUUCAUGCCCUUUCAGGCUCACGGCUGUCAAAGACAUGAAGUGUUGUUAUUAUUUGCAGUGCAGAAAACAUCCAAUCUUGGCUUCUUCAAUGCAGAGUAACAAAAUACAAGUAAAAGGUCACGGAGUGAACACUCUGACAGCAAGAAUAUUUAGUGAAUAAUUACAUUAUUUGUUAAAUAUCAGUUGUGCUGGGGUGCACAUUUUGCGAAUUAAGCACUUAGCUAUUUCGUUUUUUUUUGUUCUGUUCACCAUCGCCACUGUUGGCUUACUUCUGCCUACAGCUGCCCACAGAAUUCUAUCACCUUGCUGCUAGAUGUGAUGAAGUUAUUGGCUAACUGUGCAGGAGUCAUACACAGCAUACAUGAUGAAAUACUAUUGUUUUAUAUUAUUUUACUUAUUUCAUUCAUUCAUUUAUUUUUACUGGCUAGAACAUUCUACCCAGCAUGUCUUCUGCCAUUGGCUUUGCUAAGUAAUCUAGAGUUUUGAACCUGAUCAUUAAGUUCUAGUCGUACUCUGGAGUAAGUUGGUGCCAACCUUUGCAGACCAGCAGCAGAAGCAAAAACAGCUUUAAAAGCUCUUAGAUAUUUUACACUGCCACACUUUUAAACAAAAUGUAUGGCAAAGCAAAGUGUCUAAUAGGUUUUAAAACAGUUUGGUUCCUGCCCACAAAGUGCAGCACAAACUGUUUUAUGGUAAAGCACUUCACACUCCUGCACUUUCUUCUGUACCUGCUAGAACAUGAAGCAGAUGAAGCUCUAUGCACUACAGAGAAUUGUGAUUGUGGGCCUGCAUUUAUAACUAUUUAUUAUGUGUUCUUGACAUUAAUGUCAAGAUUCACCUCUUGAGCUUUGCUUUGCUCCACUCUCGAGGUGAAUUUCUUGAUGUCCAUGUGUUGAAGACAUAAGUCGGUUAUGAAUGGAAACCUGAUCCUAAUGCUCUAUAUCUUCAGCACCGAACUGUAUUCUAGCUGACUCAAUGAACUUUGAACUGCACUGAAAAGCUUUAGGAUCAUACAUAUUAGAAGUAAUAUAUUAUUGUAACACAUGUCAAUAAUUAACUCAUAAAACAUGCAAACUGCAACAUUUUCUGAAAUGCAGUUAAGAAAAUAGACUAUUAACUAAUGCAUGGUAUGUGAAAACAAAGUUCAAAAGGUUUGGUGAUUUUUAGCACACUGUGAACAGCAGCACCAGAUUGCUUUCUGAUUUUCUGUCACGCGAUAAAGAUUUUUUUAUCAUG